CCCGCCUUCCUCUCCCCUGCCCACCCUCCUCCUCCCCCGUUCCCUCCCGCCGGCGGCGCCCUGAGCCCGGUGCGGCGAUGGGCUGAGGCUGCGGGGCAGCGCCGGGCCCCGGCCGCAACAGGAUGAGGAGGGGCUCGGAGGGCAGCGGGGAGGGCGAGGGGCUCUCGAGCCUGCGGGCGUUCGCCCACAGCUCCUCGCUGCACGGCAUCAGCCACGUCUUCGCCUACGGGGCCGUGUCCCUGCGCCGCGUGCUCUGGGGCGGCUUUUUCCUGGGCUCGCUGGGGCUGCUGCUGCUCGUGUGCGCCGAGCGCGUCGCCUACUUCCUCACCUACCCGCACGUCACCAAGCUGGACGAGGUGGCCGCCCGCAACCUCACCUUCCCGGCCAUCACCAUCUGCAACCUCAACGAGUUCCGCUUCUCCAAAAUCACCCGCAACGACAUGUACCACGUGGGCGAGCUGCUGGCGCUGCUCAACGAGCGCUACGAGAUCAGCAACCCGCAGCUGGCCGAGCCCCACGUCCUGGCCGCGCUGCGCGACAAGGCCAACUUCAAGAACUUCAAGGCGAAGCCCUUCAGCAUGGCCGAGUUCUACAACCGCACGGGCCACGACCUGGCCGACAUGCUGCUGCAGUGCUCCUUCCGCGGCACCGGCUGCACCGCCCGCAACUUCACCGUGAUCUUCACCCGCCUGGGGAAGUGCUACACGUUCAACCCGGGGGGGCCGGGCCGCGAGGUGCUGACCACGCUGCAGGGCGGCUCCGGCAACGGCCUGGAGCUCAUGCUCAACGUGCAGCAGGAGGAGUACCUGCCCGUCUGGGGGGACACAGAUGAGACCUCGUUUGAGGUGGGGGUGAAGGUGCAGAUCCACAGCCAGGACGAGCCUCCCUUCAUUGACCAGCUGGGCUUCGGUGUCGCCCCCGGCUUCCAGACCUUCGUCUCCUGCCAGCAGCAGCGGCUGGUGUACCUGCCCCCGCCGUGGGGCGACUGCAAGGCCACCCCCAUCGAGUCCGACUUCUUCACCAACUACAGCCUGACGGCGUGCCGCCUGGACUGCGAGACGCGCUACCUGGCCGAGAACUGCAACUGCCGCAUGGUGCACAUGCCGGGCAAUGCCAACGUCUGCACCCCCGAGCAGUACAAGGAGUGCGCCGACCCCGCGCUGGACUUCCUGGUGACGAAGGACAGCGAGUACUGCGCGUGCCGCACGCCCUGCGCCAUGGUGCGCUACGGCAAGGAGCUCUCCAUGGUGAAGAUCCCCAGCAAGGCCUCGGCCAAGUACCUGGCCAAGAAGUUCAACAAGACGGAGCAGUACAUUGCGGACAAUGUGCUGGUCCUGGACAUCUUCUUCGAGGCGCUGAACUACGAGAUGAUCGAGCAGAAGAAGGCGUACGAGGUGGCGGGGCUGCUGGGUGACAUCGGGGGGCAGAUGGGGCUCUUCAUUGGCGCCAGCCUCCUCACCAUCCUGGAGAUCUUUGAUUACCUGUACGAGGUGUUCCGGGACAAACUGCUCAGCCUGUACAAGGAGAAGAAGCGGAGCCCCCGGAGCGACGGCGGCACCCUGGAGCACCCGGCGGUCCCGGGCAGCCCCACGGCCCCGCGCCCACCCAGGGCGCCUGGCCCCCCCUGCCCGGCCCCGCGCCCCGUCUCGGCGUCGCCCCGAACCUGCUACCUCGUCACCCGGCUCUAGGGCCCCCCCCGGGCCCCCC